AUGGAUCUUAAUAUGUGGUCAUCUGCAGGUCAACCUCCUCAUGCCUUGGUUACUUUUGGUUUUGGUGCGAAGUUGAUUGUGAUAAAGGAUACAAAUGGUUCCACAUACCCAUUGAAAAUCAGGAGUGAUAGUGAGUUCCACCCUCAAGAUGGUGUCAUUAAAAUGUCCAAGACUGGAUUCGGCACCCGCACCAAUAAAACCAAGAAACAAAAAGAUCCUGGUGUUCUUUCUCAGAGGAGAUCUAGCUUUUGGGGUAACCAAUUCCCUCUAGCAGUUGAAGCUGUUAGAAAAGCUCCUAUUUGCAGUAGAAACUUCAUGCGGAAUCAACCAAUGAAUUCAUAUAGACCAAGGCAACAGCAAUUGAACUACUCACAUCCUGUCUUCCCAUUGAAAAUCAGGAGUGAUAGUGAGUUUCACCCUCAAGAUUGUGCGAGUGAUUGGUUGAACAUGUCCUGCAAGAUAACGCUUUGGGAAUUGGUGAAUGCACUUGUGAAGAUUUCACCCGAAUUUGGGGGCUUGAACAAGCUCUCCCAGCUCCUGUGA